AUGCCGUCCGCAACCAUUGCCACACUGAUAAAAGUUAAUAGUGCAACAUAUACAGGUAGUUGCAAGGACUUUGUGACCGGAACCAACUUCCUGGUGUACUGCAGCCACUUCCUGUCAGCAUGGGGAGAUCGUAUGUGGGCCUUUGGUGUUGGCCUGUUCCUGAUCAAGAUUUCACCAGAAUCCCUUCAGUUGACUGCAUCAUAUGGGCUGGCUUCAGGACUUUCUGUUCUCUUACUGGGGGCCCUGAUAGGAGACUGGGUAGACAAGACACCACGACUCAAAGCUGCGCAGCUGUCCCUGGUGCUGCAGAAUCUGUUUGUGGCUCUGUGUGCGGGGGUCGUGUACGUCAACCUCACCUACCACGAGGACUUUAUCACCAUGUGGAGCGGGUGGCUGCAGAAGCUGGGGUCAGCGGUCAUCAUCAUCCUGGCUAUCUUGGCCAACCUGUCUAGUGUUGCUCGGGUGAUCGCCGUCGAGAAAGACUGGGUAGUUGAGAUCUGUGGCAAGGAUAAAGACAUGCUAGCAAAAAUGACUGCUACAUUGAGAAGAAUUGACCUUGCAACACAGAUUUUGGCUCCAAUUGCAACCGGCCAGAUAAUGUAUUUCACGGAGAUGAGGAUUGGUGCCGUGUUCAUCGGAGGCUGGAAUGUCGUAACAGUGUUCCUAGAGUACUACCUUAUGUGGAAGGUCUACAACACGGUGCCGUCUCUGUGCAAGAAGAAAUACUGGACGAAAAGUGACAAAGCAAAAGCAGUUUCCUCGGAAGAGGAAGUUCCUGUUCCGAAUGAGGCAAACACUGAUCUGCCUGUAGAUGGCACUGAUGAUCAAACAACUGGUAGGGGAGACAACUCUGUACAUGCAAUAUCAGAUGCUGUUGAAGAUGACCAACCAACAUCAUCGCCUGAAAAACUUGAAACCAGUGAAAAGUCAAAAGAAACAGAAAAUGUUCCUAAGGAAGAAACAGAGGAACCAUCGUCCUGCUGUGGAAAUUGUCUGCGGAAAAUGUUUUCAAGUUUCGUAGUUCUCUACAAAGGGUGGCGAACAUACAUGACGUAUGAUGUGGCCAACGCUGGACUUGGAUUGGCCUGUCUGUACAUGACAGUUCUCGGCUUCGAUAAUAUCACUACAGGCUAUGCUUACUCUCAAGGAAUAUCCGAGUCCGUCCUUGGAGGCUUCCAGGGAGGUGCUGCUGUAAUAGGCAUAAUAGGCACCCUGGCCUACCCAGCACUCCGGAGAUGUAUAGGCCUGGAGAGGACCGGACUGUUCGCCCUCUCUGCGCAGAUCACCUGUUUGACGAUGUGUGUCAUGUCAGUGUGGAUGCCAGGCAGCGUAUUCAACCCAUAUUACUUCUUUGAUGACCAAAGCAAUCAGACAACCUGUUCUACACGAGCAAUGUCUGUCAACAACUCGUUGGCCACAGCGUCUCCAAUUCCUGCCAUGUCUGUUAGUCCAGGCAACAGCACGACACCUGGUGUUCCGGGCUGUGUGGAGGACACUGGUCCAGAGUCAUAUCUCUCCAUUGGCCUACUCAUGGCGGGGAUUAUCACUGCUAGAUUUGGGUUGUGGGUGGCAGAUCUCACUAUCACACAACUGUUCAUGGAACGGGUGAAAGAACAUGAACGUGGGAAAGUGAACGGCGUUCAGAACUCUCUCAACAAGUUCAUGGAUGUGCUCAAGUUCAUUCUUGUCGUUGUACUUCCACAACCGCCUGUGUUUGGUUACUUGGUGAUUGUAUCGUUCGCUUUUAUAUGUCUUGGCUUUGGGCUUUAUGCGUCUUACUCCAGGCGGGCACGAGGUCAUCUUCUACCAUUCCACAAGAAAUGCAUCACAACAGAGGAGGACAAUCAGGCAGCUGCAGCUUAAAGUUGCCUUAUG